AUGUUACUCCUGAAGCCGAUCCGCUUAAGAACUCUUCAGAUUUCCCAAUAUGCUUCCGCGGCUUCACAAGAGUUGUCUCCACCUAAACCCGUCUCCACGAUACCACUAAAGGGGCUUAAUUUCUACAUCUCUACCCUCCAAACCUGUGUCUCUGUUGAUCAACUUCAUCAACUUCACGCUAAGAUUCUCAAGACUCACUUCUCCCAGAACGUAUUCCUGUCGACACGUCUAGCUCACGCUUACCUCAAAUUUGGUUGCCUGAACAUUGGAGAAAGAUUUGUUGUCAGCAUCAUCAAGAACCCACCUUUGUUUCUCUGGAAUGAGACGAUCAAAUGUUAUGCAAGGAAAGGUUGUUACAGAGAGUCAAUCGGUCUAUAUUACGAGAUGGUUCGAAGUGGAUACAAACCGAACGCCUUCACGUUUACAUUUGUGCUGCCGGCUUGCGCUGGGUUGAAGUCGAUUAAAGAUUGCCAGAGGAUUCAUAGUAAUGUUUUGUUGUUCGGUUGCGAGUAUAACGAGUUUGUUAUCACCGCUCUUAUUGAUGUCUACGGGAAGUGCGGAGAAUUAAGUUCCGCACGCCAACUGUUCGAUAAUAUGACAGUCAAGAAAACCGCAAGCUGUAACGCCUUGAUGGCUGGGUUUGUAUUGGAUGAGAAGUUCGAUGAUGCUUUAUCACUCUUUAAUGAAAUGAAGAAGUUGGGGAUUCCACCAGAUACCAUGACCAUGGUUGAGGUACUUCAGUCAUGUGCGUCUUUGGGUGCUUUACAACAGGGAAGAUGGGUGCAUGAACAAGUAAUAAGGACCCAAAUGGGUGUCAACGUACACUUAGGUUCAGCUCUGAUUAACAUGUACGCUAGAUGUGGUAGCAUAGAAGAAGCCCACCAUGUGUUUGAAGAAAUGCCACAAAAAGAUCUCAUCGCUUGGACAGCAAUCAUAUGUGGGUAUGGAAUGCAUGGACUUGCCCAUCUUUCAGAAUCUCUUUUCCUUCGUAUGGUGAGUCAUGGUCUAAGACCUGAUGCCAUAACAUUUGUUGGAGUUUUGUCAGGUUUUAGUCACAAUGGCAUGGUAGAAAAAGGGUGGUAUUAUUUCACGAAAAUGUCUUAUGAAUUUAACAUAAAGCCAGUUUUAGAGCAUUAUAGUUGCAUGGUUGACAUGCUUGGUAGAGCUGGCAGAUUAAAUGAAGCUGAAAACCUUCUGAAACAUAUAACUGUAAAACCCGAUUCCAAGAUUUGGGGUGGGUUGUUAAAUGCUUGCAAGAUUCAUAAAAAUGUUGAAAUGGCUGAAAGAGUUGUAUCCAAGAUUCUUGAAUUGGAUCCGACUAAUGCUGGAUGGCAUGUGCUCAUGUCCAACAUCUAUGCAACUUGUGAGAAAUGGGAUCAAGUUGCCAAAAUGAGGGGAAAAAUAAAAGAUUUGAAGUUGGAAAAAACACCGGGGUGGAGUUCUAUUGAAAUUUCAGGGCAUAUUCACACGUUUCUUGUGUUUGAUCAAUCACAUGUGAUGUCAAGAGAGAUUUACAAAUAUCUCAAGUAUGUAAAAGAACGGAUGAAAGUUGAAGGUUAUGUUCCUGAAACAAGUGUUGUGUUUGAAAAAGUUGAUGAGGAAACGAAAGAGGAGAUGGUAUUUUGUCACAGUGAAAGAUUGGCGAUUGCAUUUGGGAUUCUAAGCACUUUGGAUGAGAAAUCAUUGUUAGAGAUGCGAAAAGAUUUCAUAGCUUUAAGAAUGGUGCAUGUAGUUGUGGAGAUUAUUUGGUGA